AUGUUGUUCAACAAGUCUCUUCUGGCUACAACUGCCAUGGCCCUCUUUACCUCCAGUGUUGUUGGCCAGACCGUUAGGGUCUCAUAUGGCUCCCCUCUGCCAACUGACGAUUUCCAUCAAGUCCUCAACUUAGAUGAACUUGUGGCGCUGGACCAUCCGGGCGAAUGGGUAUACUUUUUCUCCAGCCAACCCUGUGAUCUUUACGGCGAAUCCGAUACCGAACCAGUUUUCACCAAGGUCAUCGGCCCGUAUUAUUUCCUUCGGCCGACCUACAUUGCCUCCGCCUUCUGCCACAGCGAUUGA